GGAGUGGUGGGGAGAGGCGGGGAGCGCAGAGACGCACGCGAUGGACACGCCGAGAGACCCAAACAGAUUGUAACAUCAUCAUCCAUCAGCAGCAGCAUCAUCAUCCGUCGUCAUUCAUCGCCAUCAUCAUCACGCGUGGACGCUCGCUCGUGCGUGAUUCAAACCAACAGCAGCUGCAGCAGCAUCUGCAGCUGCAGCAGCAGCAACAGCAGCAACAGCAGCAGCAACAGCAGCAACAGCAGCAGCAACAGCAGCAACAGCAGCAGCAACAGCAGCAACAGCAGCAGUGGUGGCGGAUGUUUGGAGUGAAUGGAUUGUCACGCCACGGACAGGUGGAUGUUAAACGGUCGCCUCGCCGUUGUUAUCCUCCAUUGUCAUUGUUGUUGUUAUUUAUGUCAUCGUUGUUGUUGUUGUUGAUGUCUGGGGCCUCGCGGAGCAAGGAGCGAGACUCCUCUGGCUGCGGCUGCGGGGAGGAGGGCGAGGAGGAGGAGGCGGUGAUGCUACGACGAACCUGGUCCAGCAUCUCCAUCCACCCUCAUCUGCCUACAGGCUGUCCAUACAGUCUAUCUGUACUGUCUAUCCCAUAUAGGAUAUCCAUACAGUCUAUCUGUACUGUCUAUCCCAUAUAGGAUAUCCAUACAGUCUAUCUGUACUGUCUAUCCCAUAUAGGAUAUCCAUACAGUCUAUCUGUACUGUCUAUCCCAUAUAGGAUAUCCAUACAGUCUAUCUGUACUGUCUAUCCCAUAUAGGAUAUCCAUACAGUCUAUCUGUACUGUCUAUCCCAUAUAUGAUAUCUAUACAGUCCAUCUGUACUGUCUAUCACAUAUAGGAUAUCCAUACAGUCUAUCUGUACUGUCUAUCCCAUAUAGGAUAUCUAUACAGUCCAUCUGUACUGUCUAUCACAUAUAGGAUAUCCAUACAGUCUAUCUGUACUGUCUAUCCCAUAUAGGAUAUCCAUACAGUCUACCUGUACUGUCUAUCACAUAUAGGAUAUCCAUACAGUCUAUCUGUACUGUCUAUCCCAUAUAGGCUAUCCAUACAGUCUAUCUGUACUGUCUAUCCCAUAUAGGCGCUCUCGCUCCUUACUCUCCCCACAUAUCCUGAGCCCCCCACCACCCAAACGUCUCUCUCGGCUCUCCGUCUCCCCUCUCCCCCCCCGUCUCCCACUCUCUCUCUCGCUCCACUCUUCCUUAUCUCUUCCCAUAUUCACCCCUCCAAUCUCCUCCCCCACCUCUCUCAUUCUCCCCACUCUCCUCCCCCCUCUCUCUACCCAUCGCUUUAACCAUUCUCUCUCUAUCGGUCUCUCCUCUUCUCUCCCCCACUCAUCCUCUCCCCCAGUGUCUCUCUCGUUUCCCCACUCUGACUACUCUCUGCCGACUCUCUCCUACGGCCUCCUGUUCUCUCCAUCUCCCUCAUCAUUGGUGUCUCGCACCUCCAAUUUGCGCAGUUGGCUACGUACGGCGCGAAAGAAGUUCCACGCACAUACACCUCUCCCAUCCAUCUCCAUCCUCCACUCUCCAUCCUCCUCUCCCCCCCCCCCCCGCGUCACGAUGUCUCGCCGACUCCGCGUGCUGCUCGUGCUUCUCGUGCUACUCGCCACGUGCGCGCUGCACCUCCUCCUGCACUUCACGGCUCCCGUCGAGAGCGUCUGGGACAAGGCGACGGGAGACUGUCCCUGCACCCAGCAGCAGCGGAAUCGAUACGAUCAGCAGAACCAGCGGCAGCGUAAUCAACAUCGCCAUCAGCAGCAGCAGCAGCAGGACUAUGACCGCGAUCAGAAACAAGGGCUCCGCGUCAUCGCCGACCGCGAGGUCAAAUUCGGAGACGCGAAGUCACAUCGAGUUGCCUCCACCUCGUCGUCUGGUCCUCCCCCAUCAUCAUUGUCGUUGUCGCCACCACCGCCAUCAUCGUCGUCCUCAACUCUGCUGGAGGAGCUGUUCAGACAUCCCCUGUACGGGGGCCCUACGCGGGAGGGGAGCAAGGGCGACGUUGAUGAUGGUGAUGAUGAUGGUGAUGAUGAAGAUGGGGAUGAUGAACUUCUCUUGAGUCCAGCGUCUGAGCCGCUUGACUCCGGAGAGCAGCGAGAAGAAGCGUGGAGGGCUGAUGGGGAGGAGGCCCCGGCGUGGCUGCGCUUCCACCGCGGCAUCUCGCGGCGUGCGCUCUACCCCCGCGCAUCGCCCACGCUGCCUGAGCUGCUGCGCGACCUCGCCCAGCAGAGACUCGUGAGCGCCGUGAUGAAGCCGGGCGGCACGCAGCUGAAGCUCGUGAUGUCGCUGGAGAAUGGGGGACUGGCCCUGCUCAAGCCCAUGAAACAGAAUCGGGACCAGGAGACCUCCCCGGAUUUUUUUUACUUCUCCGACUUUGAGCGACACAACGCAGAGAUCGCAGCCUUCCACCUGGACAGGAUCCUGGACUUUCGCCGCGUUCCGCCCGUCUCUGGGAGGCUCCUCAACCUCACGCGGGAAGUCCGCGACAUCAGCAAGGACAAGAAGCUCCUCAAGACGUUCUUCAUCUCUCCAGCCAACAACGUGUGCUUCUACGGCGAGUGCUCGUACUACUGCUCCACGGAGCACGCGCUGUGCGGGCGACCCGACCACCUGGAGGCCUCUCUGGCCGCCUUCCUGCCCGACACGGCCGAGGCGCCGCGCAAGUCCUGGCGCAACCCGUGGCGUCGGUCGUACAACAAGCGGCGCAAGGCCGACUGGGAGGUUGACCCUGGAUACUGCGACGACGUGAAGCGGACGCCGCCGUACAACUCCGGCACGCGGCUCCUGGACGUCGUUGACAUGAGCAUCUUCGACUUCCUCACAGGGAACAUGGACAGACACCACUACGAGACGUUCGAGAAGUUCGGCAACAACACGUUCCUCCUUCACCUGGACAACGGACGCGGGUUCGGGAAGCACUCACAUGAUGAAAUAUCCAUCCUGGCACCACUCAUCCAGUGCUGCGUCGUGCGUCGCUCCACGCUGUCGCGCCUGUCGCUGGUGUCGCGCGCGCCGCUGCUGCUCAGCUCGCUGAUGCGCGAGAGCGGCGCCGCCGACCCCGUGGCCCCGCUGCUGCCCGAGGGGCACCUCGCGGCUCUCGACCGCCGCGUCGCCCUCGUCCUCUCCGCCGCGAGCGACUGCCUCAAGAGGCACGGCCGAGCGAGCGUCUUCCGCUACGGCGCCGCCGCCGCCGCCACCUCCGCCGCCGUCACGGAGAAGAUGAAGAGGGGACGGCGGCACAAGAAGCAGCAGAAGCAGCAGCAGCAACAGCAGCGAAUUCACGAGUGGGACAAGGCGCCUAAGAAUGUAGCGCGAAGAUAGCGCUGGUGGCGGUGGAGCAGCGUCGACCAGGGGCGGGCAGCAGUGACAGGGGCAGCAGCAGCAGCAGGAACAAACUGUUGCACCGGCAGCAGAAGUAGCAACAGCAGCAGCAACAAGAAUAGAGAGUAACUGCUGCAUCCUGCAAAGCAGCACAACCAGCAGCAGCAGCAACGGUAAUAACAGAUGCGACUGCAGCAGAAGCAACAGCAGCAGCAACUGCUGCCUCUGCAACAGCAACAGCAGCAGGAGCAGGAGCAGCUAUGGCCCCGACAUAGCUCGUGAGCUGCUCGGGCGAUACGGUAGCAAUAGUAGCGUACGCGUGCGGCAUCAGCCACAGCAUUGUCAACACGAGCAGCAGCAGUAGCAGCAGUGACGGCAGCAGAGACAGCCACGUGCUCAACAGUGGCAACAGCCACAACAUUCUCUGGCAGCAGGAGCAACAACAACAACAUAAUCAGCAACAGCAGCAGCAGCAGCCACGUUCCUUAGAGUAGCAACAGCAGCAGCAAAUCCAAGGGCGUCAAAAAAUAAGUCACGAUUGUUGUCACUCGAUUCUCGAUUUUGUUUUGGUGUUUUUUUGUCCUCUCCUGCAACGUUGUCCCGAUCGUGCCACCGGUGACGCGUCACGAGCCUUAGAAUCCCAUCGCAGGGCGGUCCGUGGAAGCGGAUAUCACGGAGCUAAUUCUGAGAUCACACACUCGGGAAGCGAGCACUCUGCCACUGUUGCGGGAGUAACGUUCACCACACGACGGCCAAACCGACAGUGUCACUCCAAUGACGUGCAACAUCAAAAGACAUUGCGCGUGCGUGCGUGCGUUAUGAGGCCACCAAUUCGCUACACUUGAAAAACUCGCCUUAGUCACAGAAAGCGGCUGACACCUGCAUUCGAACUCAGGUCUUUUAGCGUUGACGGCUUAGCGUCUCCCACCUCAGCGUUCUCCCGGCCACGUGAAUUUCGUGUUUCAAAUUACGUGGCCGUUAUUUUUACUCUAUUUAAUCUUAGGGCGGGUCUCGGGGGUCGAGUGUCCACCCUGUCGCAGAUUCAUGAUCUGGCAGAGGGUUGGAGGCGUUGGUGAGGUGCGGUGGUGAUGACUUCUCGAUCUUUAAAAUAAAACCUCUGUUGAGCUGUCUGGGUCUAUACUGUGUCUACAUUAGAGGGGUGUAACGAUGCACUUUGCGUAUCAUUUAUUAGCUUGGGCUUGAUCAAUAAUUUUAGUUUUUUGGGAUUCGGAUCGUCCAAGUGUCCUAACAAUGCCAAAUGUUGCGUCGUACACCCUCCACCCGGCAUAGCCAAAGAAAUCAAGUGCUCACGUGAACAAACGUUACCACUUUACAAUUGCUUUUCGUUUGAUCACCCCGGUGUAGUGGAGGGUAAAAUCCACACGCGUGUGAACGAUUUGAUUCGACGUAUCGCUGGUCGAGUUCAAUCUUUUUUUUUGCUUGGUUUGCUCAUGCCUCGUGACACCCACUGCACGUGACUCCUGCAACCACUAGUGGCCGCUACAUUCGCCACGGUCUUUUGUUUCAAAACAAUUUCAAAUAAAUCGAUUCUGGAUUCGAAUUUCGACAGUUCGCUGGGAGUGAAUCGUUACACCCUGGUUCGUUAGGUUGCAACUAUUUCUGUCAUUAAGAACGAAAGUGGCAAUCCCAUCUUAUCAUCAUCAUCAAGCCAUUGCUGCUGCUGCUGUUUCACUCUGACCGCGCCUAUGUAGCGCGUACUGCUGUACCUGGGACCAUUGCCUAAUCGCAGACGGAACAGUCCGGAACGAUGUUCCAGGAAUGAAUGAACUGCAUGAUUGAUGUCUUCUUCGCAUACGCGAUGUCUUUACACGUGAACUAAAAAUAAAGUAAUUUCUUACACGA